AUGAACCAAUUUGUACUUCAGAACGCGCGUGCAUUUUCCACAACUGAUGAUUUAAGAAUCAAAGAUGAAGAGAAACUUGAUUCGGAAGAGGAAGGCGGUGAGAAUUCGAAGCGUUCGAAGCCGCUCGAUGGUGAAAUGAAUGCAUUUGAGCGUCUUCUGCUUCACUCACAGCAAUUCCAACUUGGUGAAGCUGAUGAUACUGACUUUGCAACUAAAGACGAAGAGAAUUCUGCCUCUACACGACAAUCAGAGAGCAGCAGACCCAAGAACUUUAGCAGUAACUGCCGCUCGUCUGCAGUCAAGCUCAAAUCGCUUCGUCAUCGUGGAAAUUCAAGACGUCAAUGGCAACUUGGACGAAAGGCCGAAAGCCUUGUCGUUAGCAAGGAAACGGACGAGAUCGACUACGAGACCGAGCUGGAGAACGUCUGGAGCGAGCAAGAGCUCAAACAGCGUAAGUAUCACCAAGCGCUGUGGCGUCAAACAGAUAGGGAUCACAUAUGUGAGAAUUGUGGAGAACGCGGCCAUCGUCCGAGGAAUUGCCUUUUACCGCGCAUUUGUUCCAAUUGCGGUACUUUGGGCCACACAGCUCAACAGUGUCGACACAGGAGGCUUCCUGAUUCCAUUGAUGAGUUUCUUCUGGAAGAAAAGGCGAUGCAACAGAAGAGAACAAAGAACCAAAAAGUUCGACAGAAAGCGGCUAUGGCAGCCAAGAAUCCAAAUUUACCACGCCCACAAGAAGUGCCGACUAGCGAAUUCAGUAAGCGUAACGAGAGUCUACGCAGCGAGUUGGAGGCAGAACUUGACGCAUACGCUGACAAGUUAGAAAAAAUGGCUCGACAGCGCGAAAAAGUAGCGAUGCAGAGAAAAUUAGACAAGCAAUCGGUAUGA